UAGUUCACGCAGAAAGUCAAUGUUAACAAAAGUAUGGACCACAAUGGCUAUGGAAGAGGUAGAGGACAAAACAGAAGAGGACAAGGACGUGGCCGAGGUAGAGGAGGGAGAGGAAGACACCAUAACUCACAGAGUGAUGAUCUAGGCCAUCGUGGCCACGAUAGAGGGGAUAGAGGGUCGGCGUCCGUAUCAUUCGCUAGCGGCUCGAACAACUGGUGGACAUUUGAUACUAUUCGUGAGCUAAGCAAGCUUAGUUCUCAUGGUGUACUAGACAGAGUUCAAAAUGAACAACGCGCCUUCAUUAAAGCAUUUCAGUAUGAAAGGUUCCUUGACAUGAGAAACAUAAAAUUUCUCAUCGGUAUUCUCCAUGCCCUCUCGUGUUCGGGGGCGGACUCCUCUCUCUCUGCUAGAUUUAUUAGUGAAGUUUUUGAUAAUUGUGCUGCUUUUAUGAUGAAGCUAAAAGAGUACAUACAGACAUCAAUGAAAUGUCAUCAGUUGCGCCCAGUCAUUGAAUUGGGAAAAUUCUGCAUCACCAAUAUACCACAAUCCACAGUGUUUGCAUUCCCACAGUCAGAACUCAGAGAUGCUAUGAGCAGUCUGCCUGACUGUGAUGCCGCUCUUUCAAAGAUCUUUUCUGAAUAUGAUGUUACUUUUUGUGACAAAAAGGCAGAAUUUAUUAAACGAAGGAAAGCUGAAAUAGCCGUUCGUGCAUCAUCAGAUCGAGCAGCUGCACCAGAUAUCAAUCCUCAUGAUCUUGAACCACCAGAUGACUUUCGUAUGAUUGAGAUAUUACCUCAGCCAGACGAAAUAAAGAAUAAUCAAGAGAAACCAUUUCUUAGACCAAAUUUGACGAAAGGAUCAUAUCGUAGCUGGGAUCAUUACCUUGAUGUUCAGUUCCGUCUUCUUCGUGAAGAUUUCAUGGGACCUUUACGUGAAGGAAUCCACAAUUAUUUACAAGGUAUUACUACUGGAGCUAAGGUCCAGCUGUAUUCCAAGGUUCGUGUGCUCAUGCCUGUUUGUGUUUAUACUGGAACAGCUUUUCUUAUCCAGUUUGAUGUCUCACGUUUUUCUCGAGUUCGUUGGGAGCACUCACGUCGUCUCAUAUACGGUUCACUCCUUUGUUUCUCUCAAGAUAGUUUCCGCUCUGUUUGUUUUGCUAGUGUAAUAAAACGUGAUGCAGCAGCGCUUCAGAGUGGGCAGUUGGUCGUUAAAUUUGAAGGAGAUGAUUUUAACCCCUUUACAAUUGAUCCAUCAACCGAGUUUCAAAUGGUUGAGUCUAGUGCUUACUUUGAAGCGUAUCGUCAUGCUCUUCUUGGUCUGCAGUUAAUCAGACCUGAGCAGAUGCCAUUUAAGCCAUAUAUUGUGGGAGGGUAUUGCAAAGGAGAAAGCAUAAAGCCUCCAUCGUAUCUAAAACCCGGCACAAGUCUUGAUCUGAAUAGUGUUUUUAAGCCAAAAGGCCCAUUACGACGUAUUGACAUUACCAAGCCUUUUCCACCAAAUUGCACAUCUGUUUUUGAUGGGUCACAGCUUGCUGCAUUGCAGAUGGCACUCUCUCAAGAAAUAUCAGUGAUCCAAGGUCCUCCUGGCACUGGUAAGACGUACAUUGGUCUCAAGAUAGUUGAAGCUCUUCUUCAGAAUCGUACUGUUUGGGAUAAAUGCAACAAUAGCCCAAUAUUAGUUGUGUGUUAUACCAACCAUGCACUGGACCAGUUCCUUGAGGGAGUCUUAGACCUAAAGGUUGGUCAUCAGGAAGAGAAGCCAAAAGUAGUGCGAGUGGGUGGACGUUGCAAGAAUGAAAAGGUUGGGGAUUGUGUAAUGGCAAAACUUGUCUCAAAGCUAAAGAGUGAGCAUGCCGUACCAAGUCAUUUAUACAAAAGAAUUAGAGAUAAUCGAUCUAAAAUGAAGACUCAACAAGACUUUAUCGAGACUGCCCUUAAAGCUAUUGAUGCUAAUGAAGGCAAGAUACUCACACUAGAUGAGUUGGGGAUGGUGAUAGAUGAGAAUCAUUAUUACCAAUUGAAGUCAAUAGAAACCAGUGCCAUUUCUCCUGACAAGAUCAUUGACUACUGGCUGGGACUAUGGUUUGUGGCAGGACCACAAAUUGAAGAAGAUGACGACAUUCAAGCAGCAAUUGCUGAUAGUUUACCGUUAGAAGACAACAGUUCAAAUGAAAUAAAGGGAGGCCUCGUAAUUGAAGGCAUUGAGGAGGAGAAAGAAGGCAAUUUUAUAGAUGUACUUGAUGAGCCACAGCUAUUAGAAGAGGAUCGUAUCAUUGAAGGAGAAGAGGAAAUUAAUGUAAUGCCGUUCCUUAAAACAAAGGAGGAACCCAAACAACGUGAAGCUAAAGUAACAGCAGGUGAAGGAGGCUGGCAAGUUAAACAGUUAGAUUCAAAAAAGAGGAAAAACCUUAUCAAAGAUGGUUUCAAAAAUCGUCCCUUUAACGCUGAUAGAGCAAGUAGAGUGACCGAUGUAUGGAAAAUACAUGAUGUAAACAAAAGGUGGCGCCUGUACCAGUAUUGGCUGAACAAGUACAUUCGACUAUCUAAAGGUAGCAUAAAGCAUACUGCUGAUCAAUACAAUCGUUUGGCUGGAGAAUGUCAGGAGAUUGACCAGGAAGUGAAUACCCUUACACUAUUGGGUGCUAGUGUAGUUGGUGUCACCACUACUGGUGCUGCUAAGCAUAGCUACAUAUUCAAAUACAUAAAUCCAAAAAUUGUCAUAGUAGAAGAGGCAGCUGAAGUAAUGGAGUCUCACAUUGUAACAUCUCUUUGCUCCAGUGUACAGCAACUUAUAAUGAUUGGUGAUCAUAAGCAGCUCCAGCCUAAAGUCACACAUUAUGAGCUUGAGAAGAAUUAUGGGUUUCACAUUUCCCUCUUCGAACGACUGAUCUUCAAUGAUGUUCCUGUAGCCACACUCACCGAGCAGCACAGAAUGAGGCCUGAGAUAGCAAGUAUUGUUGGCAACCACAUUUAUGACCGCCUUGACAACCAUGAAUCAGUUUAUGCUUAUGGUAAUGUCAAAGGAAUCGGAAAGAAUUUAUUCUUUAUUGAUCAUCGUCAACCAGAGAAUGAGAACCCAACUGGUGAUGUCAGAAGUCAUGCUAAUACAUUUGAAGCUAAGUAUGUGGUAGCUUUGACCCGAUACUUGUUGAAGCAAGGUUACCAGCGAUCAGAUGUCACCAUACUGACCAUGUAUCGUGGCCAGUUAUUUGAAAUAAGACAAAAUAUGAGGAAAGAUGAGUUUGACGGGGUCAGAGUAGCUGCUGUUGAUGAUUUUCAAGGAGAAGAAAAUGAAAUCAUAAUUCUGUCACUUGUGAGGAGUAACAAUGAAGAACGAAUUGGUUUCCUCAAAGUCGAGAAUCGUGUCUGUGUUGCUCUUUCACGUGCUAAAGCUGGCCUCUUUGUGAUUGGGAAUCUCUCAAUGCUGAGAAGCAAAGACACAACAAAGUGGCCAGCAAUAUUGAAUCAAAUGGAUAGAGAGGGACGUGUUGGGGAUGGUCUUCCUUUGUGCUGUCAGGUCCAUCCUAAAGAGGUGACCAUUGCCAAAGAAGCUGAGGACUUCUCAAAAUGUCCAGAGGGAGGCUGUCUUCAAAAAUGCGGAUUUCGAUUAGAUUGUGGCCAUGUCUGUCGUAGUCCGUGCCAUCCAAUAGACCAGGAGCACAAGAGUAUUUAUAAAUGUCAGCAGAAUUGCUCCAAGAGGCUACCCUGUGGUCACAGAUGUAUUAGAAAGUGUUUUGAGUGUCUGGAUGGCUGUUUACCAUGUCAAACUAUUGAACAAAAGUUGUUAGAUUGUGGUCAUCUUGUAAAUGUCAAGUGUCACAAGGAUCCCUCUGAGGUCAGUUGUAAUAACGAGUGUAGCAGGAUUCUCGACUGUGGCCAUCAGUGUUGGAAGAAGUGCUCAGAGCCUUGUGGGUCCUCAAGCACAUGCAAGACUAAGAAAUCCAAGAGGCUACUUUGUGGGCAUAGUGUUAGUAUUCCUUGCAGUACUAGUGAGAAUGAGUUUAUAUGCACUGUCCCAUGUAAGAAAAAACUGGAUUGUGGUCAUGACUGUGUGGGAACAUGUGGGAAGUGUUCACAAGGUAGGCUUCAUGUAGCCUGUGCCGAGAAAUGUGAUCGUACCUUAGCCUGUGGCCACUUUUGCUCUUUUUCGUGUACGUCAAGCUGCCCACCAUGUCGCCAAUUAUGCAACAAUUACUGUCAUCACAGUCAAUGUCGUAAACUCUGUUAUGAGCCAUGCAUUCCCUGCCGUGAACCGUGUCAAUGGAAAUGCCAGCAUUACACUUGUACUGCUAAAUGUGGUGAGCCAUGCAACAGACCCAGGUGUAAUCGACCCUGCACAAAACCUCUUAAGUGUAAGCAUCCUUGUAUUGGCCUGUGUGGAGAAGAAUGCCCUAAACUCUGCCGUAUAUGUAAUGAAGACCAAGUUAAAGAUAUAUUCUUUGGUGAUGAAGAUGAAGAUGAUGCUCAUUUUAUUGAAUUAAAAGACUGCUCACAUAUAUUUGAAGUGAAAGCAAUGGACUACUGGAUGGAUGGUGCUGCUCAAAGAACAGAUACAGGUCACUUAAUCAAGUAUAUAGAAUGUCCAAAAUGCAAGACGCCUAUUCACCGCAGCCUUCGUUAUGGUAAUAUUAUAAAGCAGACAAUAGCUGAUAUGGAAGCUGUAAAGAAGCAAGUGUUAAGAAAUAAUACUGAAGCAUCUCAUCUGCUAAGUGAAGUACUUAAAAUACAAAAUGACGUGAAAUUUUGUACUGAGUUAAGCAUUAUUUUCGGUAUUAUCACGAAACGACUUGAAAAUGCUAGUUCCAAUACAAGACAUGGCAUACCAUUGAUAUUUCCUCAUGAAGCAGUCACUGUUAAGAAUCAAGUUGAUUUUUUACCACACAUUGCUGGAAUAUACAAGCUGCUUCAUUCACUCCCAAAUUCAAUACUCUUCCCCAACGGACUUCAAAUCGAGCAAGAAAUAUUAAUAUUUCAAACCACUCAACUUGUCAGUUUUCUAAAUACCAAUUACCUUACACCUCAGCAGAGUGUGAGUGCUAAAGGUGAAGUUAUGAGGCUACAUUGUUUGAGUCAGUUGUGCUCUUUGCAAGCUGUUAUUAAUAAAGAACAAAGGAAGCUUGAGCAAACUGACCAACAAGAUAUGAUUGAUCAAGCGAGGUUGUUACUUACCUGUGGGCAAGGAGGAAAUUCAAUGCUCACUGACGAACAAAGUACAGCGAUACAAAAAAUGAUGAGGAGCCUUGGGAAUAAAUACAGCAUUGGUGGGGUUACAAAAGAAGAGUUAGCAAUAAUAGUAAAAGCUAUGGCAGAUAUUCAGAAAGGUGCAUGGUACAAGUGUCCCAAUGGUCAUUUUUAUGCUAUCGGCGAAUGUGGUGGAGCUACUCAAGUUGGAAAGUGUCCAGAGUGUGGUGCUGCUAUAGGUGGAGAGGGACAUCGUCUGCUAUCAGACAAUAUUCAUGCUGGAGAAAUAGACAACAGUUCUCAUGCUGCUUGGUCUGAAGGUGCUAACCUGGCUAAUUUUGACUUGCAGGACUUGUUUUAACUGAAUUAAUACUAGAUUUUAUUGUAGAGAAAUUAUUUUAAUGCUUAUAGUUUGGUCACUAACACAUGCUACUCAGUUAGACAAAAAUAAUUAUGUAUUUCAUACUAAUACUGACUCAUGCCAACUAGGGGAUUUCCCCUAAUUGCUGUGUCAUCAUCUUGUAAUAAAAUUUCAAAUAAAA